AUGCUUACACCCACCAUGAUCACCGUGGAAAACCUCCCUAGUUUGCUGGCCGACGACAUCAAAGUCAAGGUGGCUGGGAUUGAUGCCGAUGGUGUCCUCCGGGGGAAAGUCAUGGCCAAGGAGAAGUUCCUCGGGAUCGCGCAAAAAGGAUUUGGCUUUAGUUCUGCAGUCUUUGGUUGGGACAUGCAUGAUAUGCUAUGGACAACCAAUGCUCGGGUGGCCCCUCCAGAGUCGGGGUAUGCCGAUUUUCUCGCUAUCCCAGAUCUCAACACUUUCCGGCGGCUGCCAUGGGAGGAGAAUAUUCCAUUUUUCCUUGUGCGGUUCGUGAGUAAUGGGAAGCCUGUUUCCGCCGACGGCAGAAGUAUGUUGAAGGGUAUAUGCGAUCGCAUUGCGGAAAGUGGUUAUAGUGCUUCAGCUGGAGUGGAACUGGAAUUUAUGAAUUUUCAAACUCCAUCUGAGGAUGGAUAUGGUGCUGCUGGUUCAAAGCACCCCAAUCUUGCGGCUUUCCUUGAACGAAACGGUCCGGGCGCCCUGCGGCCCAUCACUGCUGGCAUGUUCUGUUACAGCUCAACUCGACCGGUGGCAAACAAAAAGUAUUUCCAUGAUAUUUUUAACACAAGUGCGCAAAUAAACUGCCCUAUUGAGGGCUGGCACACAGAGGGUGGACCUGGUGUGUACGAAGCUGCACUGAAGGUGUGCGAAGUAAGCGAAAUGGCAGACAGGGUCGCUAUGUUCAAGUUCUUAACCAAGUCGCUUGGAAUGGAACACGGAUUCACUCCAUGCUUCAUGGCCAAGCCUAUGCAUGGCAUGCCUGGCAGCUCCGGCCACAUUCACAUAUCACUCACGGACAAAGAAGGAAAAAACCUCUUUGCACGCGAUAUGCCCGAUCCUAAUGCCCAGUGGUCUGACAUCGAAUACCUUUCUGAUAUGGGCAGGCACUUUCUUGCUGGUCUACUGGAUGCUCUUCCUGAUAUCAUGCCACUUUUCGCCCCUACCAUUAACUCCUAUAAGCGCCUUGUUGAGAAUUACUGGGCACCCGUCCAUAUUAGCUGGGGCCUAGAAGAUCGCAUUGCUUCCAUUCGGCUUAUCACACCCCCGGUGUGUAAGCCUGGUGCAACGAGAUUUGAGGUGCGGACACCUGGCGCAGAUCUCCACCCCCAUUUUGCCUUGGGCAUUAUCCUUGCCGCUGGCUGGCGGGGUAUCCAGAAAAAGCUCGAGAUUACCGUUCCUCCAAUGUCUGCUCGCCAAAAAGGGGACCCUCGCCCGGAACUGUUACCCAAUACCUUGGACCAGGCGUUGGCUCGAUUCUCGGCUCCAGGGAGCAUUGCGCGAGAGAUUCUUGAUGAAGAGUUCGUAGACUUUUUCACUGCCACAAGGGAACAUGAGCUUGGGCUGUGGAGAGAAGCCGUUACAGACUGGGAGGUGAAGCGAUAUAUUGAAACAGUGUAA